UCCGCGAUCUCUUGUGGUUUCCUCCCAUCCCGAUACAGCUCCCCCAGCCCAAUCAAAGCAGCCUCAUAGUCCCGCGACGAUGUCUCUGUCGAUCCAGGACCCUGAGCCAGAACCUCUUUGUACAAGUUCUCUGCUUUGGCGGCGUCCUUCUUCGCAAAAGCCCGAGCUUCCUCUAUCCGCUCAGACGCGGUCGGAGAGGGCGCCAUGGUGGACGAAACCGUUAACUGAAGAUGUAAGAAUGUGUCGGUAGAAAGUAGGAAACGAACUGGGACAGCGUCGGAUGGCUACCACGUCGUCAGGUUGCACUAUUGUCAGCAGAAGAUGGUCAACAAUAGAGGGUGCUUCAAGGAGCUGGGCAGGACAAGGCGGUUGCGUCGUUGCGGCAGCUCCACGCCCGGCAGCGAAUCAGGGCUGUUUCUCCGACUGGCAGCGAAAAUCCAAAAAAAAGCCGGGAAAUUUUGUAUGUCCACCGUCUACAAGAAUUUCUUGCUGCUUGUUUCUUUCCCUAACGACGCCGAAAUCAAGCAUCAUGAAAAUAAAGGCGCUUUCUCGUCCGUCUGCCUCUCAGCAGACCCCAGGCACUGCUGUCGUUCGACAGCCCCGAAACCUCGACCCAGCCCAGCAUCCGUUCGAACGGGCUCGUGAGUAUACGCGGGCACUGACGGCAACGAAGCUGGAGCGUAUGUUUGCGGCGCCGUUUCUUGGUCAGAUUGGCGAUGGCCACGUCGAUGGUAUCUACACCAUGGCCAAGGAUCCGGGCUCUCUCGAGCGGUUCGCCAGUGGCAGUGGAGACGGUGUGGUGAAAGUGUGGGAUUUGAACACCCGGGAGGAGGUGUGGAAUACACAGGCCCAUGAGAACAUCGUCAAGGGUCUCUGCUGGACUCCCGAGCGGAAGUUGCUGUCUUGCGCGAGCGACCGAACCGUCAAGCUUUUCGAUCCAUACAACUCGUCGCCCGAGUCACCGCCCCUCGCAACAUAUCUUGGCCAGAGUGCCUUCACCGGCAUCACACACCAUCGCAACCUGCCGUCCUUUGCGGCUUCCUCGUCGGUCAUCUCCAUCUACGACCUGUCCAGACCGUCUUCGACCGCUUCCCAGACCCUCCACUGGCCGACCAGUACUGACACUAUCACUUCGGUGGCCUUCAACCAGACCGAAACGUCGAUUCUUGGGUCGACUGCGCUAGACCGCUCGGUUGUUCUGUACGAUCUUCGCACGUCAUCCCCGGUGGCGAAGGUGAUUCUUCGCCUGGCGUCGAACGCUCUCGCGUGGAACCCGAUGGAGGCGUUCAACUUUGCCGUGGCCAAUGAGGACCACAACGCUUACAUCUUCGAUAUGAGGAAGCUAGACCGAGCCCUUAACGUUCUCAAGAAUCACGUUGCCGCCGUCAUGGAUGUGGAAUUCAGUCCUACUGGCGAAGAAUUGGUGACUGCCUCGUACGACCGUACCGUGCGCCUGUGGAACCGGGCGAAGGGUCAUUCACGAGACGUAUACCACACCAAGAGAAUGCAGCGCGUCUUCUCGGCCAAAUUCACACCUGAUAAUAAGUAUGUCCUGUCCGGAUCUGACGACGGCAGCAUCCGCCUCUGGCGUGCCAAUGCCUCGGAUCGCAGUGGUGUCAAGAGCGCUCGCCAGCGGGCCAAGCUGGAGUACGACCAAGCUCUGAUCAAGAGGUAUUCGCACAUGCCGGAGAUCCGCCGCAUCAGACGCCACAGACACGUUCCCAAGUCUGUCAAGAAGGCCGGCGAGAUCAAGAAGGAAGAGCUGGCGGCCAUCAAGCGUCGCGAAGAGAACGUCCGCAAGCACAGCAAGAAGGGAUCGCUACCGGCAAGACAGAGCGAGCGCGAGAAGAUGAUUCUGACGACCGAAAAAUAAACACCUUUUUACCUCUUAUCUUCUCUUGCCCACGGCUGGUCUGCUGGUCUCUCGACCUAGACAGCAUUCAUUCUCUGCUCACCCGGAGCAUUUUGUCUUCAUUACAAGUGUGUAGUGCGGAUAUGUACAGUUACUAUGACACUAUCUUUACGAGCGUUUACUCCCGAGGGAGUUGACCGUUCACAACGAUCAAUCAGAAUCUAUACCUCCCGACUCUUUCUCCGAUGUCUCGUUGGGUUCCCCUGUUCCCGCAGGUGCUUGCGUUUUCGCCGAUCUGUUUACAACGGCAUUAUCAAUCCCGCUCAGAUACCGGGCGAUCAGCUGCACGCUCGCAGGCAGUACGGUAUACCAGCUGAUCCAUGUCGCAAAAAACGGAAGCCGGAUGACCCCUCCCUUGCCGCUAUCAAUCGCGUUGACUAU